AUGGCUCUUAUAGCAAAUGAUACUUGCGGAGCACCAUUGCCUUGGCUCAUGUGUUGUCCUUGGUUAUAUUUUGAUGGCAAACUCUUCCAUUAUACUCUAGCAAGAUCUGCGCAUGCCAAAAAUAUUUUAGAAGUAUGCGACAAUUACAUAGAAAGAGUGGUAAAAGUUGAACGUAUAAGGAAAGCAAUUUUGGAAGGUAUCGAUGUGAAAUUUGCCAAAAUGCCGUUGCCGCCAUUUGCUGGACGUAAGUUAUUAAUAUAA